GGCAUUUUUUUGGGGUGGAUAAAAACGAUAAGUCCUACAAACGACAAUAUAAUUUGAAAGCUCUGAGCAAGCUAGGCGCAGUGCAAAUUUAGCGCAUUUUCUGUUUUCGUUUGGCCACAAAGGUAGCAUCCUUCGUACCUGUUUAGAUUGUGUUGCUGUGAAAAACGAACCAUUUCCAUAUAUUGCGCUUCAGCUAAGUGCCCUCGAAGCGUACAAACAUAUCCCAAGGAUGCCAAGAGGUAUCAUUACGCUCCAGCUGGGCCAGUGUGGCAACCAGAUUGGUUUCGAAUUUUGGAAGCGGCUUUGUCUUGAACAUGGCAUAUCACCUUCGGGAAUGUUGCGUGAGUUUACCAGCGAUGGGAUUGACCGGAAGGAUGUGUUUUUCUAUCAAGCGGACGAUGAUCACUACAUUCCCCGUGCGGUUCUGCUGGAUUUGGAACCGCGCGUAAUUCAUUCGAUCAUGACUUCGCCGUACGCGAAGCUGUACAAUCCGGAAAACGUUUAUCUGUCGAAAGAUGGUGGCGGUGCGGGUAAUAAUUGGGCUUCCGGGUUUAGUCAGGGCGAAAAGCUGCACGAGGAAGUGUUCGACAUUAUUGACCGGGAAGCGGACGGAAGUGAUAGCUUGGAGGGAUUCGUGCUGUGUCACUCGAUUGCUGGUGGUACCGGAUCCGGUAUGGGAUCCUACAUCAUGGAACGGCUGUCCGAUCAUUUCCCCAAGAAACUGAUCCAGACGUACAGCGUGUUUCCGAAUCAGGAUGAAAUCAGCGAUGUCGUGGUGCAGCCGUACAACAGUCUGCUGACACUGCGCCGGCUGACCAGCUGUGCUGACUGUGUGGUUGUGCUUGACAACACCGCCCUGAAUCGUAUCGCGACCGAUUGGCUGCACCUUGAAAAUCCUAGCUUCGCGCAAAUCAAUACACUCGUGUCGACCAUCAUGUCCGUCAGUACGACCACUCUUCGCUAUCCCUCGUACAUGAACAACAGCCUGAUCGAGCUGAUUGCACCGCUGAUUCCUACGUCGCAAUUGCACUUCCUCAUGACCGGCUACACACCGCUCACGACCGAAUCGGACACACAGUCGGUGCAGAAAACAACCGUACUGGAUGUGAUGAGACGGUUGCUGCAACCGAAAAAUAUGAUGGUUUCCACCGCGCCGGAUAAAACCAACCAUCAUCGGUACAUUUCGAUUCUGAAUAUCAUUCAGGGCGAGGUGAAUCCGUCGCAGGUGCAUCAGUCAAUACAGCGCAUCCGGGAGCGCAAGCUGGCCCAGUUCAUACCGUGGGGUCCGGCCAGCAUUCAGGUGGCACUUUCCCGCAGCAGCCCGUACGUGCAGAGCAGUCAUCGUGUGACCGGAUUGAUGCUGGCCAAUCACACCAGCAUCUGCUCGCUGUUCGAACGAGCGCUCGGGCAGUACGACAAGCUGCGCAAGCGAGGCGCCUUCCUGGAUCAGUUCAAAAAGGAGGACAAAUUUAAGGACGAUCUGAGCGAAAUGGACGAGGCGCGCGAUGUGGUGGAUGCGCUCGUGCAGGAGUACGAGGUAGCCACAAAGGAGAAUUAUCUCAGCUGGCAUGGUAGCCGUGCAGCCGGUGGCGCUGGGACAAACCCGAACAAAUAAGCUUCCUUUGGUGCUGUCUUGUGGUGGUAUGGAAGAAGGUAGGAGACGCACCGUUUAACUAACUGUUUUUAAUUAUAUCGUUACAUGAGAUACGUUUGUUGGGAGAUGGAAAGGUAUUAGGUAGCAUCGUAUAAGUAUUGGAUUGGAGUAUAGGUAUGAAUAGAAACGAAUGGCUCUCUAACAAUUGGAGAAGAAUCUACAGCUUUGUGAGUGAGAUAAGAGAGGGAGAGAUCGAUUGUUCAGUAGCGAACUUCAUUAUUUGUGCCAAUAAAACGCACCAUUGGUAUCAUCACCCUA